AUUAGGUGUCGACUAGGUGACCACCACCCUGCAGCAGAGCAGAGCUGAGUGUCUUUUGGGAGAGCAGAAGAGGUGAGGGGUGACGUCAGCGGCCGCAUCGGCUAGCUUAUAAGUAGGGGCCGGGUCAGGGUGGGGGCUCACUUAAGACCGCGGGAUGCCUCUGAAGGGACCACGCAAGUUGUCCGGCGUGCCGAUCGAGUUGUCCGAGCAGAGCCGUUUCAGGGUGAACAGGAUCGACUCGGUGGCGCUCGGCAUGCACCGCGACGACAAGGGUUUGGGCUCGCUGCCCGAGGACGAGGUGCUCGAAACCACCAACGGACACGCCAACCUGGCCUUCGACUCUGGCGACGAGGACGACGAGUCCAGGGACGCCCUGCCGCCGAUGCCCGUGACCAACAGCCGGCGGCCGUCGCUGCAGUACCAGUACACCCUGGCAGGAUCGGGCACCGUUUACGGCGGCAAUUUGGUACAGCAGACGCGCGAGGCGCUGCCCAGACUCGACAACUACCGCGACCUCGCCUCCAUCGCGGCCGGACACAGGCCCACGCUUGAUGAGCUCCGCGAAAAUGCCAAAUUUGAGAAGGCAGUGGAGCAAGGUGCGGCGCAAGAGGAAGCGCAAAGUGGCGCGAUUAAAUUCGGAUGGAUCCAGGGCGUGCUGGUGCGAUGCCUGCUCAACAUCUGGGGUGUGAUGCUCUUCCUGCGUCUCUCGUGGGUCGUCGCCCAGGCAGGAAUCAUCGAGGCGUGCGCGGUCGUUCUCCUCUCGGCAACCGUGACAACCCUGACCGCACUCUCUAUGUCCGCUAUUAGCACCAAUGGACUCGUCAAAGGAGGAGGAAUUUACUUCAUGAUAUCACGAUCGUUGGGGCCCGAGUUCGGCGCCGCUGUGGGCCUCGUGUUUUCGAUGGCGAACGCGGUUGGCGUGGCCCUCCAUACGGUAGGUUUCGCUGAGUCGAUGAACGACAUGUUGAGAAGCAUGGAUGUUAAAAUCAUCGACAACAGCACCAACGACAUUAGGAUCGUCGGCACCAUCGCUGUCACCAUCCUGCUCGCCAUUUGCAUCAUCGGCAUGGAGUGGGAAUCGAAGGCUCAAGUCGGUCUUCUCAUCAUUCUCCUAUUCGCGAUAGCCGACUUCUUGAUCGGAGGGUUCCUUGGCCCGCUGGACGACACCGAAAUGGCCAAAGGAUUUGUUGGGUUAAAUGCAACGUUAUUCGUGAACAAUUUAAAACCCGAUUUUCGUGUGGUGGACGGCAAGAUGCACAACUUUUUCUCCGUAUUCUCCAUCUUUUUCCCGUCGGCAACUGGCAUUUUGGCAGGCGCCAACAUCUCUGGCGAUCUGAAGGAUCCGUCUUCCAAUAUCCCCAAAGGCACCUUGCUGGCCAUCUUGCUGACAACCCUGUCGUACUUGGCGUUCGUGGUGAUCGCUGGCGCCGCUGUGGUCAGGGACGCGUCCGGCAACGUGAUGGAAAUCGCCGGGUGGCAGUUCGCCAACUGCACGGGCAGACAAUGCGAUUGGGGUCUGCACAACAGUUUCCAAGUUAUGGAGCUGGUCUCCGUUUUUGGACCUCUGAUCUACGCAGGUUGCUUCGCAGCCACUCUUUCUUCGGCUCUGGCUUGCCUCGUUUCUGCCCCCAAGGUCUUCCAGGCCCUUUGCAAGGACAAACUGUACCCCUACAUUGAGUGGUUCGGAAAGGGUUACGGCAAGGGAGGAGAAGCCUACAGAGCUUACGUCUUGACCUUUGUCAUCGGCGUCUGCUUCAUUCUCAUUGGUGAUUUGAACGCAAUUGCUCCGCUAAUCUCCAACUUCUACCUGGCGUCCUACACCCUCGUCAAUUUCUGCACAUUCCACGCGUCACUGACCAAACCGAUUGGCUGGCGGCCGACCUUCAAAUACCACAACACUUGGCUCAGUCUGCUAGCCACGAUAAUAUGCGUCUCCAUCAUGUUCCUCAUCAGUUGGGUCACUGCACUCAUUACGUACAUCGCAGUCAUAUCACUCUACCUGAUUGUCAUGUACCGGAAACCAGACGUGAACUGGGGCUCGACAACCCAGGCGCAGACCUACUCAGCCGCGAUGGGCCAGCUGCAGAAACUGGACUCGCAGCAGGAGCACGUCAAGAACUACAGACCACAGAUUCUGGUCUUCUGCGGCCGACCCUCCGCCAGACCCACCCUGGUUGACUAUGCAAACCUGAUCACGAAGAACCUGGCACUCCUCAUCUGCGGCAACAUUGAAAAGGCCUCUUACACGCACAAAGCAAGAAUCGGAGUUGUCGACCGUGGAAAUAGGUGGCUGCGUGACCACCAGAAGGUGAAGGCCUUCUACACGGUGGUCGACGGCAUGGACUUUGAAGAGGGAGCCAGAGCUUUGAUUCAGGCCUCUGGUGUCGGAAAAAUGAAGCCAAAUAUCUUGCUCAUGGGCUACAAGAGCAACUGGAAGAAUUGCAACGCUGACGACCUGAAGGCCUACUUCACUGUUUUAUCGGUUGCCCUGGACAACCAUAUGGGCAUCGCCAUCCUGCGCACGAGAGACCUGAUGGACUACACGGGAGUAAUCGCCGGCGAAGAAGAAAUGGACGAGUUGAUGGCCGCGCCGAAAAUGCAGCCCGGCAACGACCUCUUGAAGGCAGAGUCCGGAAUUAACGGAAUGGAAAUGACUCCACCUGCUACCCCUGAAAACGCCAGGGUCACCUCUGACAUUGUCGUAAUGUCCAAGGACGACAAGAAAAAGCCCAAAAAGAGGGAAAAUGAGCCUGACUACAAGGCUAUUGGAGGAGGAGAUCUGCCCCAAGAAGUGAUUAACAACCUGAACCAGUUCACGACGAAGCAGAAGAACGGAUGCAUCGACGUCUGGUGGUUGUAUGACGACGGCGGUCUUACCCUCCUGCUCCCCUACAUCAUCAAAUCGAGGAGCAACUGGGAGAACUGUCGCCUGAGGGUGUUCGCCCUGGCCAACUCCAAGGACGACCUCGAGAUGGAACAAAUCAGCAUGGCAAAUCUGUUGUCCAAGUUCAGAAUCGACUACUCAGACCUGAUCAUGAUCCGCGAAAUCACAAGAAAGCCCCAGGACUCGAGCAAGGCCUUCUUUAAGCACCUGAUUCAAGAUCUGAGAGCGCCCAAGGGAAUUCCUGCCGAUGCGUGCGAAGGAAAGAUCGCUGAUGCCGAGCUGCAAGCCAACAGAGAGAAAACGGGCAGACAUUUAAGACUGCGCGAACUGCUGCAAGAAAACUCGAAACAAUCCAAUUUGGUCGUCAUGACCAUGCCGCUUCCUCGCAAGGGUGUGGUCUCAGCGCCCCUUUACAUGGCCUGGCUGGAGACCCUUACGAGAGACAUGCCGCCUUUCAUGCUCGUCAGAGGCAAUCAGUCAUCCGUGCUGACGUUCUACUCGUAAACAACCACCGCUGUGUGGGAGCCGAAGCCUACUUUCCUCUUUAUUCGCAUGACUUGUACAAAAAGAGUUACUAAUUAUAUUCAUCACUACAGAUCGAGAUGUUUUAUCUUCUUGUUACUUAAGUCUUUGAACAAAUGCACGCACAUGUGCGUAUUAUUAUUGUUAAUUAUGAUUAUAAGUUGAAUAAAAUUAUCAUUCAUAGAUAGUUACUAUUAA